AUGACUGAGUUCACGCUUCAUGAGGCCGUAUCGAAUGUCUUCGACCGCACAGCCAAUGGCGCCAUCUUCACCAGGGACCUGAAGACGAUAUACUCGCUGAUGAUCAUUUGCCUUAACCUGACGGAUCAGAAGCAUAAGCCUGCCUUGAACUUCAUGAACAAGACAUCGCUUCACUAUCGCUUCUCUUUACAGGAGGCCAUUACAGUCAUGGGCAAUCUGCAGUUGAACAUUGAGUCCUCGUCGACGAGCACGACACUGGCCUAUAACAUCAAGCCAGAGCUUGGUCGCAAGCUGUUGAAGAUAUUCUUCUCUGCAAGACUGCUCCAUACACCUGCUGAUAGAACGAGAGACGAGCCAAAGGAUAAGGUGUUAUUACAGCCAACACCAAAGGGAGUGGCAGUGGUCCAGAGCUAUUGCAAGGUGAAUGGAGUGGAAUAUCAGAGUAAAGUGCCAAUAGUGAGCUCAUCGUUCAAUUCUAUGGAUUUGUUCAUCUUUGAAAGGUCCUCAAUAACUGGCACUGUGAUAUACUCUGAAUACUUCAUUCACCUUCUAUUUGCCAGGUUCCUGGGUCCGAAACCAAACGUUUGGAACUCAACAAACCUGCCAGAUUCAAUCCCUUCUUUGGAGCAUAGGCUCCUGAUGGAUGACGAGUUCGACUUCUGUAAUUACAACAUACCAAACCAAGCUUCAAGGCCCUGGCGUGACUCUCCAAAUAGUGCAAAUCAUCGGCCUAAGCCGAUAGAGUCUCCGUUCCAUCAUAACUACUUCACAAAUCCAGAGUCUGACUCUCAUGUACAGUACUACGUUUCUAAUGUUGGGGUUCGUCUGUACAGAGACCACUCCUUUGCCAACAUCAAAGUCAAGUACUGUUUCAAUGCGAAGGCUUCGUGGCAAUGGUUGAUGGACUGUACUGACUUGAUGUAUCCCAAUGAGGCUACGGAGAUCUUGAACCUAUUCUAUAAGUAUGGGCUCAUCGAGCCCAUUACACUACCACCUUCAACUUCAACAUCAAAUAAGAAAUUUGCACCUUUGAAAACCUCCUUUUAUGCUGUGAGCAAGAAAGGUUGGAGUAUAAGUCAAUGGGAAGGGCUACAGAAGCCACUUUAUGUUUCUAAUGGCGAAGAUAUUGGCACUGCAGCACAGGAUAUCAUGUCCAAUAAUCAGACAAUCCUGAGCGAUAAUUCGUCUAUGGAAGCUGAUAGUAAUUCGCAAACCAGUCUUUUUAAUAAGACAAGAGAUGAUUUAGACAUCAAAACUGUUCUCUCCGAUCCUGGGCUGAGAUAUCUUUUCAGAUUGUACUUGGAGAAGGAGUACUGUGUUGAGAACUUGGAUGUCUAUAUGGAUAUCAGACAUUUUUCGAAGAGGAUGACCAUUCUCUUAGGUGUCUUAGAACUAGGAAAGAAGUCGGCCGAAGGAUCCAGUACCGUUUCGCAGAGAAGGGCCAUCGUUAAGUUGAUCAACGAAUGCCUCUCAUCUGCCUAUAACAUCUAUACUUCCUAUAUCACCAUCGGUGCACCCUAUCAGUUAAACAUCGACCAUAUGCUUCGUGAACGGAUCUCAAAUACAAUAUUGCACAUCUCAUCUCCGCUGAGUACUCAUUUUGAACACUCCUGCUAUACACCACCUUCACGACCAGAGCCGGUAUAUCUGAGGAUCCAGGAUGCAACUGAUGAGCAAUGUAUCCGUCCAGAUAUUGACAAGGGCUGUGAUGUUUCCCUUGUUCCAGGGACAGUCCCACAAACAACACCAAGAACGUUGAGCCACGGAGAUGUUGGUCGGGAUUUGUCCCCAAUAAAGAGUCCCACAAGUGAAGAAAUCACAAGAUCUUUGAACACACUGGAGAAGCUUUACCCGCUAUUGGAGCAGGUUGGCCAACAGAUCCUUAAAAUGCUUGAAUUUGAUUCAUUCCCCAAGUUCGUUCAGUCAGAGGCUUCAAAGGAUGUUCUUAAACAAUGAAUAUUGAGCUAUUGGUGCUGUUUCUUUCACUUCCUCUGUGUAGAAUCUUACAGUUAUACACACAAGUAACAGCUACAUAUUUAGUUCAAUAAAAUGGCAUUGGCCUUAAUCUAUAAGUGCGUUAUAGCAGAU